AGCCGGCAGCCUCUCUCUGCGUGACCGCGGCAGGUUGGUCUCGGAGCAGAUGAGCGCAGAAUAUUGAGGCGAAAGCGCGAGGAGGGGGGGGAUCGCGGGGGCAGAAGGAGUAUCUCGGCCAAGAAAAUUAUGCAUGCGUUAGGGAAGCUCUGAGAGAAUGGCUGUGGAAGCUCUCCACUGCGGUUUGAAUCCACGGGCUAUUGAUCACCCUGCCCGCGCCGAAGGCAUUAAACUGCAAAUUGGCGGUGAAGGCGUCGAGUCUCAAUCCAUUAAAAACAAAAACUUCCAGAAGGUGCUUGACCAAAAAGGAACCCCCAAGCGACUGCAGGCAGAAGCUGAGACGGCUAAGUCAGCUACGGUGAAGCUGUCCAAACCGGUGGCUCUGUGGACUCAGCAGGAUGUCUGCAAGUGGUUGAAGAAGCACUGUCCCAAUCAGUAUCAGAUCUACAGCGAGUCAUUCAAACAGCACGACAUAACUGGGCGAGCCUUGCUGAGACUUACCGACAAAAAGCUUGAGCGAAUGGGGAUCGCCCAGGAAAACCUCCGGCAGCACAUCUUACAACAGGUGCUCCAGCUGAAGGUGCGAGAAGAAGUCAGAAACCUACAGUUACUCACACAAGCCUCCCUCGAGGGUUCUCCAUGAACGUGGUGAGCCCUCCAAGCUGCUGUCCUGCCAGUGGGUGGGAGCACGGCCUGCUCCUCGCAGAAUCACUAACUCACGGCCCUGCCGGAAGAUACCCUCGGCGCCUUGACAGACUAACCAGCCUAACUGGAGGAAACAAGAAAACACCCCUUCCAUCAAGAUUAAGAUCUUCGUUCGCCGUGGAUGGUAAAAUGAGGUGCACAGUACACAGCGCCGAGCUGCGGCGAGCAGUCACUGGCAGACCGUUAGCUGGAAAAUCGCUUCCAGUCUUCAUCACUGUGCUUCACGCCAGCGCCCUUGGGGAGCUGUCCGUGCCCUUCACUAGAGGUCCUGUUUUAGCAUGGCGACUACUGGAUUCCUUUAUUCUGUGUGCAGAUGGCAUGAUGUGUUAGAAAAAAAAAUUACAGCAGUUCUGCAAUCCCGGUGGAAGUGUUUACCGUGCGAUGCCCUCGUAGGAAUGUCAACAUGUCUCAGUUAUGUUAGUUCUGACAUCUAAAGGCGUUCUGUCCAAUUCUUAAGCACUUUAUAGGAGAACAUGACACCGAAACGAAUCAGCAUGUUCAUUACCUGUGAGAAAACAAGUGUUUUCUUUCUCCUUUAUGAAUCUUGUCCUAUUUCUGGCUCAGACUGUCCAAGGCAAACUUCACUGCUAACGUGUCCCCAGUCGUUUAUGGUAGAUUGGUGUAAAUAUGGCCACAAUACUGUUAGAUUUAACAUCUUGACACUCCACUGAACAACUGGAUUCUACAGGGAAGUAGAAGCGGGCGGACCGUAAUAUCUUAGCUCCUCGUUCGUUGCACCCAGGCACAACUUAGCACUUGCACACACAGCCACUCUCACCCAGGAGGCUUCCUGGCCAAUGAGCAUACCCUCUCAGUCUACGGAGGAGUUCUUUCAAAGGGAAAAAAAAAGGAAAAUGGCCUUCUUUUAAUCAAAGACCAUGGUGGGUUGAUGUGAAGGGCAGCAGAAUGCACUCUUCCUGUGUGGUCUGGCUUUAACACUUGGGGAGAUUUUCUAAGUCAAGUUCAAAUCACAGCUCUCUGGAGCGAAGAGCACAGCACGUGACUCCUGCAUGCCUAGAGAAGGAAAACGGUCCAGUCUCACACAAGGUUCCUUCCUCCACAGAGAACCUACUAGUCCCUGUUGAUCCUUUCUGGGAUUAUAGCUACAACUAAUUUUUUUUUUUACUAUGUCUUAUAACAAAGCACAGUCCUGGGGAAAAGGUCAAUCCAGUUAUCUUUAAGCAUUAGAAAAAUGUCCAUAAUAACGGAUCCUACAUAAUGUUUUAGCAUUUUUUUUCCUGAGAAUAUAAACUUGGUUGAAUCAAAAUCUCGGCAAAGUAUGCUCUGCUCGCCCUUGGUCUCAGCCUGGGACCGUCAGGCACCAAGGACUUUUCUAUAAAUAUGCAGAACACCUCUGGGACUAUGCCAGCACAAGCAAGCUCUGCGUUUUAGGGGUCUCCACACACACUCUCCCGCAUCUUGCCUCCCCUGGGGGUCUCAGGAAAUCAUAGCCCAUUGGGGGAAAAAAAAGGGCUUACAAGGAGAUUUGGACACCAGACAGGGAAGGGGAGAGAGAUCCAAAUGGGAUCGGAGCGAACCACCCAGCAGGAUGACUCGCCACAAGCCUGCCGGGCUGUCGUGCCAAAGGCGAGAGGACUUCCAAGAGGGAACUUGGGGGAAUUUCAAGAUGCCACUGAGACCUGGCCCUUCAACAGGUUAGCAACAGGACCAUCGGGACCUCAGCAGACCACAGUUCCUUACAAGUUCAGAAUGAGGAGGCCAUACCCUGGCUGCCAACGCCCCUGCCCAUAGCAUGCCAACCUGCACUGCCUGCCUCCUCUGUUUCAAUUCCGACAGCAGGCUUUCCUGCUCCUUUCACUCCUUCCUUUAUUCAGCAAGCAUUUGCUGAGCACCUACUAUGUGCCAAACAUUGUGCUGGGACAGCAAGAGUGUGCAAGGCAGACUCUCCCCACCCUUGUGAAAUAUCUCCACCUCCCAAACCCUGUCCCCAACCCACCUUUUCCACAAUGAAAACAACAUUCACCCGCUGCCAGAGUCCCCCGGGAAGACGCACACAGGAGCAGGCAGUUUGCGUGCCCGAAAAAGGAGGGCAGAGGAGCAAGAGUUGAUGCAUGGCCUCAGGCCACUUUUUUUGUGGCCUGGAGGGUUCCUCCGUGCACGGCCAAUCCUCCCAGGGCCCAGACAGAGCUAGUAAGAGCUUCCCCUAACCCUGGCCACCUAUAUUCCUGUUCUUUAUAAAGACACAGCUGUCCAUCAUGAUGCUGGAUUCUCUGAAACUCCAAUUCGACCACCAGUCCUGGGGACACAGAACUGGGCCUGAUGCAUCAAAAGAAAUGCUGCCAGGUGCUGAGACAGUGUAGCUGGGAACUAAUUCGUUUAGCCGGGGACAUUCGGAGACCACGGCGAACACCUGAGGCAAGCUGGACAUGCUUGAUGGUUCAGAUGUUCAUUAAAUGAUGGUGGUUCAACCUUCAGCUUUUAAGAAAUAGGCUCUGAACAAUUAAAUAAGUUGAAUUUCCUAGGGGUUUUUUUUUGAGUCAAAAGAGCACUGGAAAGUUACAAGAAGAUGGUGGGUGGAGACGGAGAUGGAAAAGUGGGGUAAAGAUGACGAUGAAGGAGCUCAGUUGAUGAUGGCUUCUCUAAAAAUGCCUUAACUCUUGGCAAGGACCACAGGUUUGCAGAUGAACUACGACUGUUCACCAGACUGCCUGCCUCAGUCUGAAAUCAUUUGGGAGGAUAGUUCUGAAAGCACGGUAGCCUAAAAUUGGAGCAGUUGCGAGCUACACCGGCAAAAUGGAGCAGCGAUGUCCUUCGCAGGCUCAGGAUUCUCGGUCAUGUGUCGAUCCACAGUUACCCCCAGUGACUUUCUGCUGAGCUGAACCUUCUUCCCAAGAUCUGUGUGGGCAGUCUGACCUCCCCGAAGUUCAGAAACAGCUGGGGUGAGUUGUGGUUAGUAGGAAGCAGGAGACAGGGAGCUAUGGGAUAAAUGUGUUGACACCUAAGGACUGUAAACUGUUGACACCUAACUUUUCCUUAAACCUGUGCUACACCUUUCAUUAAAAGGCUGACACCCACACUUUACAGGAAAGGCACUCUUAGGGAUGAACAGAAGUGAAUAAUUGUCCGACUCCCCGGGGUGCCAAAGGGAUUAGCCUGUUCCAGCCCCAGAGCUGAAUGCAAAUGUGCAGGCCACAGAAGCUGUGCUGGGGCAGGAGCAGAUCCCUGCAGUAUUUGACCACAGACCUGGGGGGAGGGGUUGCUCUGUGGGCAGUGACGUAUCUUUAGAUCCCGGCUCAGGUUCUGUGAGGUGUGUUGCCACACACCUGACCUCUACCUCCAAAAAACGCGUAACUAUGGUGAAUGGCCUGCGGCUCUCCCUGCACCCAGAGUGACUUCUCAGUUGCCCAGACAGGGGCUUGUAGCCCCUUGUUCUGAGGGAAUUCUGCCAUUGUUAAUGUUUAAGGGGGAAAGAAAUGUCAACCUCACGUGAGAAUAGGAACUCAGGAUAAAGUCAAAUGGAUUUGCCCCUUUGUUCCUUGCCAAUGCUUUCUUUGUCUGCAGAUGUCACGGCACUGAUUUUGGGUAGAAACACUGAAAGUCGCACGGAAGAAACAUUUUCAAGACCCCCUAGCACUUCAGUUUCACCCAAACGUCCUCUUCCCAGUGCAUUAGCAGCUCCCUUCUUUGUGGUGUUUUUCUCUACACUCUUUAGGGCAAUUUUGUUACUUGACAACUAGACUUAGGCUGCCAUAGUCUCUUUUUGAACAUCUAAACUUUGAAAAUGACAUACAUUUCUUUAUGCCUUAAAGGCUGCUUUUAUUCACCUUUCUUACAACCUCCUCCACCCUACUUUUUUGCUUUGUUUUGUGGGGUUUUUUAAAUCUUUUCUUCUAACAUAGUUCCGAGGGUAGGUUUCAAGUAUUCUAUAAAGAACUCAAACAGAAAAACAGAGUCAUCACCUUUCUCCCCCCGCCCCCAGUGCUGACUAGUAAUUCUGUCUUAAGCUUGCGGCCCACACACUAGCGGGCUAUGGAAUCUCAUCUCCAGGGGUUGGCUGGUCAGUGCUACUAAUCAAAACAAGACCCACGAGAUCAUGAAAGAGGACAGACCAGAUCCUGCAUCUGCUCGGGGCACAGCUGGGGGACCUCCAUUUCAAAGACAGGUGCUGCCCUUCAGCCUCCUUAGAUCUGCCUCUAAUCCUGUAGCCAGCAAACUAUCUGAGGAAUUCUGUUUUUAUCGAUGUGCGCGAUUCCUGGCACCGCAGCACAACGUCAAGGUCAAAGAGGGCCGCAUUUCCAUUAUUUUGCUCUGGUGGCUUACUCUAGUGGGGAGAAGAAGGGCAUUCUUUCAAAAGCUAAAAGAAGCUUAAGAAAAAGCUGGCCCGGUGCACAGGGAGGUUGUACCACAAAAAUAGCAAAGUAGGUAUUUCCCUGGGGAUUCUCAUUUGGGAAGGCGGCCAGAGGGAUAGUCCCAAUACUGCUUUUCCUGGCCAUUAUCUUGGCCCCGCAGGGAAAAUUCUAGGCUGGGGGCAAGCACUGUUCCUGAGAUCUAACACUUUGGGGGUGAAAUUCACCUACGACAAAUAUAAAAGGGAAUUGUCAUUGAGUAUGGAUCCGUUCUACACCUUCGGCCCAACAGUGCAAAGACUGAGAAAUGACUUGCUCCGUAAAUCUGGAGUUUCAUUAGCCACAUAGGGCUCUCUUCCAUCUUGAAGAGCUCCAAGCAUUCUUACUUCAGAGCCUCCUUUCCCCCAAUUCCGUCAAGCACGAGAAGGCACCAGCAACACACAGCUAAUAAUAAAAUUUCAGAGUAACCACAUGAUUUGCAUGGAGUUGCAGUUGACUGGUUGACGUAAUAUUAAGUGUUGUACAUAUCUGGACAUCAUUUCUGACUCCACCACAUCCUUUUCAUAUUUGGAGUUAAUGGUUUGGGGGUUUCAGUUGUUUAAUUGCUCGCUCUGUCCUUGUUGUGUCCCAAACCUCAAACAUUUACAGAACCAUAGAAAGGCUCUUUAACCCAGGCCUUGCGUGCCCAAGUGCAACGCUGACAGAGACAGCCCCACUGUUUCUACGGGAUUGACGGAGAGAUGGUUAAAUUAACCCAAAGUCGGAUAUUCAUACCGAAAACAUCUGACACACUGAAGGUCUGCUUGUUGUCUUCUGCAUUAUUUAUAGCCUUUUAAAUUUCAGUCGUUGGGAUCAAAGGAAAUAGCCAGGCAGCUUUCCCGUGGCUCGGCCGUGUCGGAGCGCACGCAGCUACCGAAGGUGGGGCUCUCGGCUGGGCUGAGGUCUGAGAGCGCACAGGUCUGCUUUGUGUCCUGUAACUAAUUGCCAUCACCCCCCAAAUUCUAUUAAAAUGUAUUCAGAUGCUUUACUCUUUGAAAAAUUAUAAAGCGAGAGAUUUUUAUUGGAUCUUUCCUUCUUUCAGGGUGGGGGAACUGAUUGGGGGAUAUAAACUUGAAGAAGAAAUGGUCUGCCAUUAAAUGCCCCAAGCCUCUGGGGGUUGCUCACAUCCUGUUCCACACAAACUGACGGUGAUCUUCUUCCACCUGCCUGAGGGGAGCCUGGCCUCCCUCUAGAAUAGCACAAGUACCAUGAAGGCACCUUUUGAAGUUUUAAGGAGACUCCCUCUUCAAGCAUCAUUGCAAAAUCGUGAUUUGGAUUGAGCGCCAUCACGGCCCUUGAGCAUACGAUCUCUAAACCAGUUCUAAUUCUUCAUAUGUAUUUCCAUUAUUUUUAAACCAUACUCAGCUGCAUUUGUGUGUGCAUUGGGAGCUGCCUGCUCACUCUGUGGCUGCUUUUGACCAUUCCAGUGCUGAGUCCCCAUACAACACGUUCAAGAGAAGACCAAGAAUGUGUUUCUUCCCCACGCCAGCUGCAGAGGUUUCGAAGUGCAUAACCAGGUUCGCAUCAAAAGGCCCCCCUGUUUAUAGAUGAAAACUUAAAGAGAAUGGGGGUGAGGGGUUAUUCGUGUUUGAACACUGGCACCUUUGUCCUUGUUCAUUGUAAUUCCGCCCCCCCCCCACCUCCAAUCACCAGAAAGAGAAGCCGUACCCGCUUCAGGGAGUGUUGGCCACCACCGGGGUUAGUUGGGGUUCCACCUGUUUAACCUCACACUUAGGCGAUUGGAAGUCUCUCUGGGGCUCUGAAAGACCUUUCCAGCAUUACCUUUCCCCCACCAAUAGAAAAAGGCUACCCUUACAAAGCCAUAUUUGAGGAGGCCGUGGCUGAGCCAGUGAAAAGAGCUCAUGUUGCAGAGAGCUGAAUGGUGCCAUGCUCUCGACUUUGCCCUGCGCGUCUCGGUCAUGGUUGGCACAGAAGUCCCCCGUCUGCUGGAAGCCAAGCCAGCACAAAUGUUUUGAAACUAAUUCCGCCAGAACUCUUAUGUCACUGAAUCAUACUCCUGUAGUUCCAGUUAAUUCAACUAGUUAAUAUCAUUAGGCAGGAAAUGAAAGCACUGCACACAAAAUUUUGGAAAAGAUCAACGUCCUUACAAAAUUACAUCUUAGCAGCCAAAAGGACUCAAGAAAAAAAAAAAGCUUGAUCUCUUGUGGUGUAUGUACUUGAGUUAUUCCUGGGACCUUAUGGGCACAGUCACUACUCUGAUAAAGGAGGAGAAUACUUGGAUCCAACAGAAAUCACCCAUCUCUCUGAACCUCUGCCCCUCUGGUUGGGAGGCCAGCUGCCCCACCUUAGCCGACAGGGCUGUUUGGAGGCUAAAAUGAGCGGAGGGGAGAAGUUGUCUGGUACCACCAACAUCUCUGUAAUUCUUAGGGUGACGGGGCUACAGGUUUUAAUCCAUGGGCCUUCUCCUUUACUUUCUGCUUUUUCUCAUAGGCUCCAUUUUGGGAUUUCAAAAAUGAAAGAAAGAAUGGUAAGAAAGUAGCCAUCAGAUCAUUUUGCCCACACAUGCUUCUUCCAAUAGCUGGGGGCUAGUCUGCAGACCCUGCAGCCAAGGCAUUCAUUUAUCUCCACUUCUCCACCUCGCCAAGGGUCGAGCCCUGGCGCUUAGCUGAGGGAGAGGGCCUCGGGCCUGGCUCCGUGCAGGCGAAGAUCUCCGAUCGCAGGGCCGGAGAAGACUGACGCAAGUGUGAAACUGGCAAAUCGAGGGUCACAGGAGCCAGAAAGCCAUACCGAACUUCUUGAAGAGCUAUAUAGUGUAUUAGUAUUCGUUCUAGGAAAGAAAGAAGAAAAAUCACACAAUGUGAAAUGAAUAUAAGACCAGUGCUCUCAAUAGCAUAUGAGGGCAGAAAAUCUGAUU